GUUUUCCACAUUUAUUGCACACGGGACUCGACUUCUCCGUGCAAGCCUGGAUUUGAGAAUAGCCGUUCAUUCUCACUCUCACAUCUCAGAUUUGAUGUAAUGGGCAGCUUGUCACGAUUACUACGAAAAAGUUGCAAGAGAGCUAUGGUACACCGGCCAUGGCUACUACCAACCUCCUCAGCAGUCUGUGGGUGUGAACCCACCCAGAUCACAAGUCGUGUCCUCUCAAUCUCCAACGGUUGGCGGUCAAAGGGUGCCAUGAAGAGACAACAAGAGACAGACCAGACACUGAGAAGAUACUUGUCUUGUCGAAACUGCAACAGGUCAGACGCCGCUUCAGGAUACCUGGAUAUCUAGGCCUCCCUCUUCCUUGAGUGCGAAGCUGUGCAUCCUCCUUCUCCUUGUUUCACCUGCCAAAAGAGGCUUUCCAAGAAUAUCUGACUAGCCAAGUUGUCAACGUCAGCCCGACGCGUU